GGAGCAGGGCAAGUCCUCAGCACCCCACUCACUCCGCCACCUCUUCUGGGAACAGUGAGGUCAAGUUGCAGCCCCAGCACCUGGAAAGUAACCACAACUCUCUCCUCCUGGUCUGGGCAUGCUAGAAAAUGCAACGAAACAGCCAAGUCCUAUUGUGUCAAUGGAGGAGUAUGCUACUACAUCGAAGGGAUUAAUCAGCUGUCUUGCAAGUGUCCGAUCGAAUUCACAGGAGACCGGUGUCAGCAUUUCGCAAUGGUCAGCUUCUCCAAGCAUCUUGGAUUUGAAUUAAAGGAGGCAGAGGAGCUCUACCAGAAAAGAGUUUUAACCAUCACAGGAAUCUGUGUUGCCUUGCUUGUGGUGGGCAUCGUCUGUGUGGUAGCUUACUGUAAAACCAAGAAGCAAAGAAAACAGAUGCAUAAUCAUUUACGACAGAACAUGUGUCAUGCCCAUCAGAACAGGAGCCUUGCAAAUGGGCCAAGCCAUCCGCGUUUGGAUCCAGAGGAAAUCCAAAUGGCUGAUUAUAUUUCUAAGAAUGUUUCUGCCACUGAACACGUGAUCCGGAGGGAAACAGAGACAACCUUUUCAGGAAGUCACUCCUGCUCACCGUCACAUCACUGCUCCACAGCCACUCCAACAUCCAGCCAGAGACAUGAAAGCCACACCUGGAGCCUGGAGCGGACGGAGAGCCUGACUUCCGAUUCCCAGUCCGGGAUCAUGCUGUCCUCGGUGGGAACCAGUAAAUGCAACAGCCCUGCUUGUGUGGAGGCGCGGGCCCGCCGUGGGGCUGCCUUCUGCAUUGAGGACUCGCGGCGGCCCACGACGCAGUACCGCGACUCCGUGGACUCACUGCGGGACUCACCGCACAGCGAGAGGUACGUGUCGGCCCUGACCACACCAGCACGCCUGUCGCCUGUCGACUUCCACUACUCGAUGGCGGCGCAGGUGCCCACCUUCGAGAUCACCUCCCCCAACUCCGCGCACGCCGUCUCCCUGCCGCCAGCAGCCCCCAUCAGCUUCCGCGUGGAGGAGCAGCAGCCCCUGCUGCGGCGAUACCAGCUGCCCUUCCAGGACACGCAGCGCUAUGACAGCUACUACCAAAGGAAGACCUACCUGAACGACAGCAUGGGGAGCCUGCCCUCCAGCCCCUUCCGCAUCACGGAGGACGACGAAUAUGAGACGACGCAGGAGUACGUCACAGCGCUAGAGCAGCCAAAGAAAACAGCCAGCAGCAACAGGGUUAAUUUAGUUCCUAUGACCUACAUGAUAGCAUAG